CACACUCACUCACCUUAUAGAACCAAUAUUCUCUAGGUUGCCCUGCGUCAUGAAGGCUCACACUCACCUUAUAGAACCAAUAUUCUCUAGGUUGCCCUGUGUCAUGAAGGCUCACACUCACCUUAUAGAACCAAUAUUCUCUAGGUUGCCCUGCGUCAUGAAGGCUCACACACACUCACUCACCUUAUAGAACCAAUACGCUGAUACCUGCUUCCAUGGCCACCAGCGGCGCCUUCUAAAUUUAGUCGUGUCACACUCCGUGGCCCACGAUUCACCAGCAUAUUGAAACUGGACACCAAUGUACAACACCACCUAUUGUGCUCAGUAAGGAUACACAUACUUCUUCUGCCAUCAGAAUGCAAUGCUGCAUUGCACCAGGGAGAGAGAAACAAGUCUAUACUUUAACACAGGCAGAUCUAUACACUACAAUCCUAUUUUCCACUCCUCUGGGGCUAGCAGCCUCAGCGCUUUAGUGGGUGCAACAUACAAGUAGUGUACGUUACAUUAACAUUCAGACUGUUAGAAAACAAGACGUGCACAGACAGUAUACAAUUCAGUGGUUGUAUAAGCCUGAGGCGUGGGAAAAGAAACACGGCUACACUGACCAGCACAGAUAAACAAGACACACUUAAUUUGCUGUUUUGGUUUGCGGAGUGCAGUUGUCAUAUUAAAAUAUACAUUGUCACAAUAGCUGUGCAUUUGUAUGAAUGUAGGAUUUUUGUGUAAUUUAGUUUCCUUGUAUACGUUUGUGUGUGUGUCUGUGUGUUACAGAAGGGAUAACUCUAUGCAUGGCUGCCUGUCAAGGGUGUUGUUUCCAUUCAGAUAGUACCCUCUGAUCCUGUAUGAGGUACCAGCUUCCCUUUCAAACAGCCUCAGGCCAGACACACACACACAGUCGGCUAACCACAGCCUCAGGUCUGUUGAUCUGUUUACAUUAUAAACCCCCUCUGGAGCGCCUAUAUUCCCCUAACGCCAUUCUAAAAUGUUCUGCAUUUCAUUUCAACAACCACUACCAUCUAACCUACUGGGAGACAGAACCAUUGUUUCAGGCCAUAACCUAAUCAUCAGCUGAAAUUGGCAGCUGCCCAUCAGUGGGUCCAACACAGCAUUUGGAAACACACAGUACCAGGCCAGGCCAAGCAUGGCAGCUGUUCUACCAGACCCAGCCAACAAGGUCAUCACACCACACACCCUAAGGGGAGCAGACGCACCUCACUGUUCAAUGAGCAGAUGCUUGAGAAUAUGAUAAUUAAAUUACAUAUUUUCAAUUUCAGAGUACAAGUAUUGAGAUGGUCUUUCAGACGGACUGUAUUCUUUGAAAGAAUAUUGUUGGCGCCAUAGCAGGGUCUCUGUGUGACUUCACUAAUGUUUGGCCUCACCUUCCUCCAGGGUUUAUCCUGUUGUUGUGAUGUUUAUCUAACCACACUUUCACUGCUUCUCCUGGCCUGGCCUGUGUUUUGACACGCAGUACAAUAUGGUUACAGGCGCGUGCCUCGGUAAUCCACUGCUACAAUAGCACACUGUGACUGAGUCAGAAAGUGAUACCCCAUUGUGGCUCUCUCUGCACCUCUGCCCCAUAGUGGCUCUCUCUGCACCUUGGUUCCAUUGUGGCUCUCUCUGCACCUUGGUUCCAUUGUGGCUCUCUCUGCACCUUGGUUCCAUUGUGGCUCUCUCUGCACCUCGGCUACAUUGUGCUUUCUCUGCACCUCGGCUCUCUGUGGCCAAAGUGGAUAAAUAGGCUACACCACAUCGCUCCCCUCUCAUCCUCUCCUCCUCUUUUCUUCUCCUCACAUCCCUGUCUCUCUUAAAAACGUCUUAAUGGAAUCAUGAAUUAUCCUUUAUGAUUUAAUUCACAUCUCUCACAGGUAAAACUGCUAGAGUGUUCUCCAGUGUUCUCGACACUAGGUCAAGCACUGUACCAUACUGUGCCACACUCUACAGUAGUGAGGAUGUCACACCAGUGGGGGUAAUAUUUCAUACUAAUAAUCUAAAUGUGAUCAUCCUGAGGUAGUGAUGUGGUGUCAUGUCUGACAGCUUUUAUGAUGGAUGGAUCUUAUCUGUCCAUCACAGGAGGGCAGGUGUCCGUCGCGUAAACAGAGAAGGUGGAGAGGAGACGGGGAGAUAGGACAGAGAAGAGGAGCAACAGGUGGAAGAAGAGAGGGAGGGAUGGAGGAGGGGAAAGAGCUGAAGUGGGAGGAGGGAGAUAAGUAUUUAAGAGGCUGUCCAUCUCCCCCUCCUCACCGUUCUUCAUUACGCUCCCUCUCUACGUGUCGAACAGCAGGCCAGCACUCCUCCUUUGCUCAGUAUGUCUAAGCCCGCCAACACGGAGAAUGUGUCCACCUUGGAGACCGCCAUGCAGUUGAUGAUCCAGACCUUCCAUAAGUACUCUGGGGACGAAGGCGACAAAUACACCCUGAGCAGAGCAGAGCUCAAAGUGAUGCUCACUGCAGAGCUGGGCAACUACCUGGGGAAUGCCCAGGACAAGGAAGCAGUGGACAAGGUGAUGGGUGACCUGGAUGCCAACAACGACGGAGAGGUGGACUUCACUGAGUUUGUUAUCUUGGUGGGGGCGCUCACCGUCGCCUGCAACGACUUCUUCCUAGAGUACAACGACAAGGGGGAGAAGAAGUGAACACAACGCACACAUGUACACUCACACACACCUACGUUCUCUCUCUCUCACACACACACACACUGAGGAAGAGGAGGAGAGGACAGUGAUUAUGACGAUGAUGAGACACCUCCACUCCAAUCCUGCCUAGGCUUCAUUCCUACUGUUUAACAGAGAACUACACACACCACACACACACACUCAGAGAUGUUCAGAGAUGCGUCGUGGCACACUGGGCGGUGAGUUUUUGUGUUUUGUGUGUGUGCCAUCUCAAUCCAAAACAAACCCAACCCACAGAGAAGUUUAUUACAGAGUGAAAAUGUGGAGAGUUUAAGUCAUCAAUAACGGUCAUUGUUGAAUAUGUGAAUAUAAUUUCUCUGUCUUUUCAUUCGUUUUGUAAACCCCUUAUUUAUGUUUCGUUCAUUGUUAAACUGUUCCUCCUCGAUAGAAUAAACAGAACAUUUAACCAAA